AUGCCCGCGGAGACACAUGAAAAUACCCGUGGAGGAUGUCUCGCGGGCUCAGAAGGGGAAUCAGGAAUGGGAGGGAUUUUGCAGGCAUCAUUUCUUGUCAAUCUGUCACCCAAGCUCACAGAUGAUGCCGCAUCGUAUCCCCCAAUAUGGAAUCCCGCCGCUUUUGUCGAAGGGAGUCAGGAUAUACAAACAAUUUCUCAUUCUGAUCAGCCUAAUGUGCCUAACGUCCUCCCUUCCGUCUCACCUCUCGUCGAACAGGGCCUGUCUUUUGACGGUUUCACCUCCAAUUUAAAUCCUAGAGAACCUACACCCACUUCAUCUUCGUCAAGCCCUCAAAAUCUGCAAAACUCCUCGAAGCCAUGUAAGAAAACCGAUGAAACAUCAAGAGCGCUUAUUCACAAACGUCAACGUAACACGGUUGCGGCAAGGAAAUAUCGUCAGAAGAAGAUGGACCGAAUUGCGGAAUUGGAGCAGGCUUUGGAAGCGGUUAAAGAGGAAAAGAAUGAUUUGGAGUUACAGCUUGCGAAGAAGGAUGCCGAAGUUAAUUUUUUGAGGGGAAUGCUGAGAAAGUAG